AGGAGAGAGGAAAAGAGAGAGAGAGAGAGAGAAAGGAGAGAUCACAGGCAAGAGGGACGUAGAAGCGAGCAAAAAGCAAGAGGUAGGGGAAGAAAAUGAGAAAGAACGAAUAACAUUCAAGAAGCAGGAGUACAGUGAACUGACUUGUUUUAUUUUAUUUUUAUGUUUUUUUCUUUUUCUUUUUCUUUUCCUUUUCUUUUUUUUUAAAGUGAAGCAGUGAAAAGAAGCAAUGACCAAGGGAGAAGAGAAGCUAAGGUCCUGGUGACCCCGGGCGUCCAAGUGGAUUAUUGGGGCAAAACUGGAGGGGAGGCAGCAACCAGGUGCCUAGUCCUUCUCAUUACACGUAAUUCCAAAUCAGCAGCCAAUGAAGACGAGAGGCAGCGGGUGACAAAAAUAAUUUCAAAAGCCCUCGAGGAAAUGUAAACCAAGGGGAAAGUAUGAAUGGUGUGUCUGAAAGACAAGUGUGCCCAGCGCUUCCCUCUGUCCCUAGCUGGGGACGGUGGCCCGGCCCAGCCCAGCCCUGCCACCGGCCACCUACUUACUGCUGAUCUGAUUUUUUUUCUUCUCUUCUUUCUUAUUUUGGGCUAUCCAAGGAUACUGAAUUUGGAAACUAAACAUUGUUCUCUUAGCCUCUCUUCAAAAAACACCAACUUUUGUCCCUCGUUGUCAAAGUAAUAUUUUGUGAUCUUAGAUAUCAGUUCUAUUUAUUAUUACUUUUUUCUACCUAAGGAAAACGCCAACAUUCUCCCCACUUUCCCCUCCAAGCCUCCCCCACCCCACCCCAAACCUUCCUUACUUCCCUUGCUACCCCUACUUGGUGCUCUUCACCUGGUUUGCCUGGAAUCACAGCUCAGCGGAACCUGUUUAGACACAUGGAGAAGGAUCCCAACUUUGCAAGGCACAGAGCCUGCUUCUUCUUCCUAAGCUUUGCCAACGCUUCCUGGAAGUCCUGAAUCUCUUGCAGUGCAGUGAGUUCAUGCACCUUCUUGCCAAGCCUCAGUCUUCGGGAUCUGGGAAGGCUGCGUCGAAAGCUCUGCCUGCUUUUCCUAACUCCUUUUGCAUAGCUCCUGGUCUCCUUUGCCAGGCCCAGCUGCUCCCCUGGUCCCCUUUCCCCUGUUUCGCACAUGAAGAUGCACUUGCAAAGGGCUCUGGUGGUCCUUUCACUGCUGAACUUUGCCACAGUCAGUCUCUCUCUCUCCACUUGUACCACCUUGGACUUUGGGCACAUCAAGAAAAAGCGAGUGGAAGCCAUUAGGGGACAGAUCUUAAGCAAGCUGCGGCUCACCAGCCCCCCUGAGGCAUCGACGUUGGCCCAUGUGCCCUACCACAUCCUAGCCCUAUAUAACAGCACCCGGGAGAUGCUGGAGGAGAUGCAGGAGGAGAAAGAGGAAAGCUGCACUCAGGAAAACACUGAGUCGGAAUACUAUGCCAAAGAAAUCCAUAAGUUCGACAUGAUCCAGGGUCUUGCAGAGCACAGUAAGUCCCAGCUCUCGGUUGAGCGUCACCUUGGGAGGGUCCCAACUUGA